AUGGGUGAGGAGAAGAGACAUCAGUUGAGUCGAGGCGCAGACAGGAGAGAUGAAGGUGGUGAAGAAAACAGAGAUAGGAGAAGACGGGAUAGACAUGGAGAUGGGAGGGGAUACGAAGAUGAGGGAAGAUAUAAAGAGGAGAGAAAGGCAGAAACACGGACGGGACCGGGGAAUGCGGAACCACGAAGAGAAACCAGACGGACAUCUCAAUCUGUUGAGAUUGGACGUGAUAAGCCACCUUCCAGAGUUGGCAAUGGUGGCAGCAGGUCAUCUACCCCCGUUCCCAACCACGACAGCAGAGAUUCCAUCAGACGGGUUGAAAUACCACCUACCACCACUAUCGAUAAUUCAUCACUCUCAACUAAAAGAAGAGAUCACAGUAGUAGCCGUGGCGCGAGCGGAAGUGACAGAAAAUCUAUCACCUAUCCACCCCAUCCCAGUCGCGAUAGAGAUCCCAGCCAAAAACGUGGGAGAGGUUCCAAUACCUACGUACCAAAAGACAAACCUACCCAGAGUAGAGGCGAGAACAUAACGAUACCUCUUCCCAGCCGCAGCAAUCGAUCUCAAGAUCCAAGACCAGGCAGAAGAGACCCUUCCAUCAAUCGCGGACUAGAAAAACUUCAACUCGAUGAUCUGAGAGGAUCAAAAGCUGCGGCUACAGAUGACCUUCAAAAGCGAAGCGGUGAUGGACCGGCUUCCAAGGUACCUACAAGCCUUCCGCGCGACAAGGUGAAAGUUGGGUUUCUUCCGAAGUGUUAUCAACCUCGGAAAGAAGAAGAGACUCGGCGAUUAAUCGUUUUCGGGGAUGUACAUGGGAUGCCUGAUGCCAAGAACUGUCUCUUGGAAUAUAUUAAAUACAAUCGAGCGUUAGAUCAUCAGAUAUUCGGCGGUGAUAUGAUAACCAAAGGGAGAAAGAGCAUGCCAAGCAAGAAUGCUACGACUAAAGGGCUGAUAACUAUCGAGGCUUCUAAAGAUGUUGUGCGUCAGGCUAGAAGAGAUGGAGCUUCAGGAGUCCGUGGUAAUCAUGAAGACUGCGUACUGAAUGUUAAACAUGAGAGAAAUGGUUGGCAAGAAUCUAUCGACCGCGAAAUGGAUAAUCAGUUUGAUAUCCAUGCGAGGAAAAAGUUGAGAACGCCAGACCACAGGGAUACCAGCGACUAUGAUCUAUGUGAUGCACUUACUACAGAAGAGAGACGGUGGCUUGAAGAUCUACCUGACAUUCUAGUUCUGGGAAAAUGUGGUGGGCGUAAUAACAUGGUUGUCGUACACGCUGGAUUGAAUCCAUUCUUUGACCUGCAACAUCAACGAGUUAUAGAGACAAUGAACAUCAAAUCUAUAGAUCCAGUGAAAGGAUAUACUAGUUCGAUGCAUGUGGGAGAUAAAGAGAGAAAGGCAUUGGAUAAGAAAGACCAGGGAUGUUUUAGCAAGAUGAUACCCUGGUUUGAGGCUUGGGAGGACAAGCAAAAGAGUUUGCCACCAAACGAACGGAUGACAGUAAUGUAUGGCCAUGAAUCCAAGAAGGGCUUGACCAAAAGGAAAUUCUCUAUUGGUCUCGAUACUGGUGCACAACGUAUAGACAAACUCAACCCUGAUAAGUAUCGAACUUUGACUGCCCUCAUUAUUCACCAUGAUAGAUGCGAAAUAGUCCAGGUCAAGGAAAUCAAGAAAGAAACUGGGGAAUGGAAAUGGGAGCCAGUUGAGCUGACAAAGGAAGAAUCUGAUUUUUCGAGAUGA